AUGGUUUUGAAGAGAAAACGAAAGGGAGCACUAUCUGUGAACCGUAGCAUGUCACGCAGAUCGUACGCGCCGUGCCGACUGCCGACCAAAUCCUUACUCCAUGUCUCUCCUACACACAUGCUUGGCUCUUGUCUUCUUCAGCCUCAAAAACAUGUCCUAUGUUAUUCCGGCACUUUCUUCUGGUAUGAUCCAUGGACAUCCAUUGGGCCUUUGAUCACCUUUUUAGGAGCUUCUGUGCCUGCUCAACUUGGUAUCCCGUCUGACUCCCUAGUCUCAGAUUAUAUUGUUAAUGGCUCUUGGAACCUGCCCCCGGCAAGGUCAGAUCUCCACCUCAGAGCUAUGGUUUCUAUUUCUGCUGUUACUCCUUCAUCACAGCAAGAUAAAGCCACUUGGGUCAUUGACUCUAUCACUUACUCCCACUUCUCGUCAAAGAUUUUGUGGAAUUUUAUUCGGCCUCGACAACAACUGCUCGUUGGAGCUAGUAUUGCCUGGCAUACUGCAAUCAUUCCCAAGCACUCCACUAAUGCUUGGUUGUUCAUCCUCAACAGAAACCCAACUUUAAUGAGAGUAAAGGCUUGGAAUACUGAUAUUGAAACUACUUGUUUGUUGUGUGGUGUCUCUGAUGAGAAUAGAGAUCAUCUAUUUUUUGAGUGCAAUUAUUCUUGGACAUGUUGGAGUAUUUGCGUUCAUAAGCUGGGAUUUGUUUCGGUUCCAAGGAACUGGGACCUUGUGAUCAACUGGCUUAUAUCAUUACCCAAGAGGGAUCCGGCUACGGUGGCUGCUUACCAGGUGUGGGCUGCUGUUUUGUUUGAGGUUUGGAGGGAACGCAAUAGACGUUCUCAUGAUGGUACUACCCUCCCUGAGGUCGUCUUGAUUCGAAGCAUUAUGCGGACGAUUAAGGAUAAGGGCACUGCUCUUCUCAAUACAGGCCUUCCACUAGGUGCUGAUCUUCACCAAUUCUGGUCUUCUAGACCUUAG